AUGGCCGGCCUUGGUAUUGCUUUGGCUGACUGUCAGCCAUCCGUGCCCUCUGACUACCAGACAUCCUCGUCUCAGCUUAGUAGCAGCGACGAUCCAUCAGAGCCGACGUCUCGUUUCUCAGGAACGACGUUGCAGGACUUGGAAACAACCCCCAGCCACUCUGAUAUUUCCAGCGUUCGCUCCUCACAUUUCACCAACGGCGAUAAUUCUGGUGUUGACCACGGCCGUGCUAAUGUAGCAAGCUUCGCGCCUGGUAUCCUCGGGCCUCUUGUCUCUCAAGACUAUCCAUCGCCUUCAGAGGGGAAUGCUGCGCAAUCAGGUUUUGUGCGGUCAAACACUCUACACAAUUUCCGCGAGUCUCAGACCAGGAAUGCCUCUGACCUCAGAUUGCUCAUGGGCAACGCAAACGCUCGACUCAAGUCUGGAGCUGUCGUGCGCCCUACCCAUUCCAGGCAGCCUUGCGGAGCAGUAGACCGAGAUCCUCUGGCCGACCCGGUGUCUCUGGAACAAGCGAAGUCUCGCGCGCGCAUUGAUGUGGACAUCGUUCUGGAAAGCAAUGCUUGUGUCCAAGGCGAUUUUCUCCGGGGUUAUGUCAAGCUUCGGGUACGCAAGCGGUCAAGAAAGGAAUUGCCCAUGCUACUCGCUGGGGGCAAAGUACGCGUCGUGGGGUUUGAAUGCAUUCCCAGUCAAGACGAACGCCAUACAUUCUACCAAUGCGCCUCACCCCUCUCUGAGAUUACCGACCAACUGCACCGUAUAUACGAGAAACCUGCGGGUGCGGACGGAUUCGCGCCAGCCAUUGAAGGUGUUCAUGUACUUCCCUUUGCGAUGAGGCUACCUGCCGACGGCACUUGUGGUACACCAAAGGGUGUGUUGAGUGUUCACUCUGGUGUCGCAGUUCAGUAUGUUGCGAUGGUAUCCAUCAAGGUUAAGAACCCAAAGAACGGCAAACGUUCCAUCGCUCAUUUUUAUCGGCAUUGCGAGAUAUGGCCGCGCCUCAGCCCAUCCGUUGUGCUCCUUCCUGCAGCGAGACCUCUCCAGUCGGCCACCAGCAAGAGCCUUUCUAUGCUGGGUAGCGCCAACAAAGUCAAGCUCACUGGCCUCCUGCACAGACUGACCUGGGUAGCGGGACAGCGGUGCUACGUCACUGUCGCUGUCGUAAACGAGACGAAAAAAACUAUUAGGACUCUCACACUUACGUUGAUUCGAAGUACCACCAUUUUCAAACCGAAGCCUGCUCUAGAUACUGGAAACGCUCGUACCCUGGAUCCAGACUCCUGUCAAACAACAACGAUGCACAAGGUGCUCGCCGAGACAUUUCUGCAGAUGGCCCACCGGGGGACUAAAGGACAUGCUAGUGCGAAAGGGUGGUGGACAGGUGUAGCACCUGGACAGGAACUCACUUUCUCACACUACAUCCUUCUACCGCCAGAGGCAUUAUCUGUCACACGGAACCGUCUGCUUGAAGUCGAAUACAUCAUCCGAAUCACUCUGAGCGCCGGGUCUUUGACUCCGGACAUCCACGUCACUUUGCCAAUACGCAUUAUCAAUUUCCUGUCUAUUGAUCCCAUCCCUCGUGACCCAACUCAAUCAUCCAGCGGAGCCCAUGUUCGCCCGUUACAACGUCGACGAUCCAUCGAUGGAUCUUUGGACGCUAGGAAUGUUGCUAGUAACUGCUGGCCCACAUCGAAACAGCACGGACCCCCAGGAACUCUCCACAGCCGGAGCAGCACUCUGUAUACCCAUGGAGAUGGAGACGAGGAUUUUCUCCGCCUUCUGCAGCCUCCGCAGAGAUCCCAUAUAUCCAAACGUCUGCCUCACAAGCCAAGCGCUCAACUACAUGUCAUGAAUCCGGACACCUGCUCCGAGUCGUCGCUCAUAGUGACGGAGCCGAACGAACCAGAGCACUCGGACGACAGCGUGUAUUCCUCAGGUUUUUCCUCGCACCCAGCUAGCAUGGACAGUCUAGCUUCCUCGUCUGAGGCAGAUUUCGGAGCCACGGAUCUCGACGACGCUAACUCGGAUGAGGAAGUUGGCCGCGUUGUUGAAUCCACGCAACUUGACCUGGACGAGGACGAGGACACUGCCACUUCCACUAUAGCCGGUCCAGAAUACGGCGCAUGCGCUAGGAAGGUGAGCGUUCCCCGUCCAUCGGGUCCUCGUGUCGGAGGUCUCCUCAAGCCGGGCAGCAAGCAGUACCGUGAGGCUCAUCGUCGGAUGCUUGAUGCCCUGAACAGAGACGGGAGUGUCACACGGCACCCGCAGACGCAGGAUUCGGAACAGCGGGUGGCAAUGACCUCCUGUGUUCCGCGGGCCCAAGGGAGGACAGACUACGUCGCUGCGGUGGCUGACUAUGCGUCUGCUGGCUUAUCACGGUCCCACGGAAUGCCAGAAGACCCUGCCCUCGACGGUCCAGGUGCCAGCGCAGCAACAGAGCAUGUCGGCGACGGCGGCGAUGUCACCCCCAAAAUUGCGCACGUCUCUGCAACAGAGAUGCAUGCAGUGCCUCAGAUUGCGAUCCAACCCCUCCGCCCAGCGCGUCAUCCCAAUAGAAUGAUACCGGUGAAGUUGCCGGGGCCCUCCAUGGAGCCCAGCGCCGGUGCGGAGUAUACGAUUGGUCAAGCUUUCGGAUGCCCUCAUCUCUACGGAGAAGAUGAGCCGUUCCCUCCCUCUGUUAGAGGGUCCCGCCGACUUCCGAAUCCUCCCACCAGCAUCUUGGGUUCCGAUCUGCCACCAUCAGUAUCCGAUCUGCACGUAGCUCCGGCCACACAAGACAACUCGGACGGACCUGCUUCCAAUCAAUAUGCUGUGAUGUCUGCGGCCGUAAGGGGGACCUCGAGCGGAUGUACUCCCACCGAUGACUCCGCGCCUGCGCCUGCUAGUGUGCUAGCCAAGCCGCACGCUCAAAUGUCGGACCGGGCCCAGCAGCCGACAUCCCUUGAUAUCAGCUCCGCGACCCGCGGAGGCAUGUGCGAGCCCACGUCCACAGCCACUCUCGCUCGCAUCCCAAACGCCCACCUCGGUCUCAAUCACGAUCCUUCCCGCCAGCCUGAACUUGAUCGCACGUACGGGCAGCCACACGCUUCUCUUGGGCAGGACUUGGCAGAUGCCGGGCGGCCUUCGGCGAACAUGCGCCGCACUAGUACGUCACAAAGCGGCAGCAGCACUUCGAGUGGCGUACGCGAGCGUAUUGCUGAGCUGGAGGUGCGAGUGCAGAGUGCUUGCAAGGAUGGCAGUGCAUACGUCUAA